CAGAACAGGAAACAUAUGACGUACAAUAAGUUUGUUCUUUAGCGCAAACGAGAAAUAGGUCAUUCCAGUACCACAUGUAGCCUACCACCUCACUGCAGCAUGGUUUUCAUGUUCUUUGUGUUUUUACUGAUUUAUUUUUUUUAAUUUCUCGUUGGUGUUUUUAUACUUUAAAUCCUGAAUACAUCAGAGUCCUCGUCGUUUGGGGCUUUUAUUUUGAAAACCUGUAAAGUGACGGCCGGAUGUUGUUUAACCCUCCUUCUAAAUCAGGAGUAAACAGGUGGGCGUGUCUUCUGUUGUUUUUCACUUUAAAACCGUUUCUUAUAACAUCCUGAAUACCGACAUCUAUAAACUCAGCACCAAACUCCAGUCAAAAUUUGUGUGAAAAAACAAAGCCAUCAUUUAAGGACCGAACAGUGACGUCAGACCAGCUGUUUCGGUGUUUACCGGGUUGUUCGGAGCCGUUAACGUAUUCGGCACCAACCUCAUGGAAGCAGCAGCACGUAUUCAAAUGGCAUUCUGUGAUUUUUGGAGCUGACAGUGGUGGUACUCGUCCCGCCAGAUGGAUCGCUGUCAGGGUCCCUGAGUGAGCAAGUCAACCCAACCUGAAGGUUUUCAUGACGUCAUUCGAAGCCGAAUCCUUCAGAAUAUUUACAUUUCUUGAGAGACUGUGUCAAACAGCUGCGAUAACCAGGCAGUAAUUACAGGUCAUGGCCAUCUCUCAGGUGUCUCCUGGUCUGUACCUCAGCGGUCUGGACCCGGCCCUGAACCUCAGUGUCCUCUCCAGCAGGAACAUCACGCUCAUCAUCAACGCCAGUGGGCUGGAGGACGUGUCCUACCCUCAGCUGGACGGACUGCUUGUCCUCCACAUCCCUGUCCAGGAUCAACCUCACGCCCCCCUGAGACGCCACUUUGACCCCGUGGCUGAACGGAUCCACCAGAACCGGUCAGGAGGGACUCUGGUCCACUGCACCGCCGGCAGGAGCCGAUCGCCUGCUCUGAUCAUGGCCUACCUGAUGAGGUUCGAAGGUCUGAGCCUCCGUCAGGCUCAUGAAGUCCUUCUGGCUCGGCGUCCAUUCGUCCGACCCAACGCUGGUUUCUGGAGGCAGCUGAUGGACUAUGAGAGGACACUAUUCGGCAGGAACACCGUCAGGAUGGCCAGGACGACUGUCGGCGUCCUGCCUGAAGCUCUGGAGGACUCUGAGGAUGCAGCGUACUGUGUCAACGUCUGACGGCUCCUCAGAGUUCAGGAAGGAGCUGUCAGAGAAUCAGACCUUAAACAAAGUCGAUCUUCAUCUUCAUCAUCGUAAUCAAACCUACAGAUAAGUGCGUCUCUAAUUUCUGUACCUGUCCCACUUCCUGUGUGGCUCUCAGCUGUUUCCUGCUGGAGAUGCUUCAAAACACAAAUACACUUUUAUAAAAGACUCAGUCAUGAAGUCUGUUUCUU